AUGGAGAUUACCAGUUUGAAGCAAGAGAACCACGACGCAGUAAUAGAGGGAUAUCAAUACUUGGAACCUCAGUUAGUCAGGUUUCGAAUGAUUGAAUUCAAAUUCUUGUAUUAGCUCAAUAGGUUAGAUUAACUAUAGAAGAUUCUAACUUUUCCUAAUGGAGACCAAGUUAGCAAGGCUUCAGAUACCUUUAAUGGAAUAAAAGCAGAAACUGAUCUGAUAUGA